AAUGACUGAAGGGAAAACGGUGGCUGAUUUACGGAGCUAUUGUGCUGCCAGUAGUUCUAAAAGGGACAGCGAGGAGUCACUUUUUGAAGUAAUGGGAGAGUUGUUAAAACAGGUUUAUAAGGGUCAGUCUGAGGGUCAGGGUUACCGCCGCCUCAGGGUCUUUUCAGGCAUCACUCCCACUCCUGCAGGGGAGGAACCCUUGGAGUAUUGGCUGGAGCAGGCAACUUUGAUGGUAGAGGAGAGUGAUUGUCCUGAUAGAGAAAAGAGGCGUAGAAUACUGGAAAGUUUGAGGGGCCCUGCUUUAGAGAUUAUCAGGGUUCUGAGAUUCAGUAAACCUGAAGCCAAGCCCGAAGAAUACCUGGAAGCUAUAAACAGUGCUUUUGGGUCACCAGAAUCUGGCGAGGAUUUGUAUUUUGCGUUCCGUCUUAUGCAACAAAAAUCUGGUGAGAAAUUAUCAGAUUAUCUUAGGAGACUGGAACCUUUCCUGGCAAAAGUGGUAAAGAAAGGAGGAAUAUUGGUAAGGGAUAUGGAUAGGGUAAGGGUAGAGCAGUUACUCAGAGGAGCAGUGGGCGCUGAUUUGCUGUUAUUACAAUUGCGCCUCAAAGAGAGGAGGAAUAACCCCCCUGCUUUUAUUGACUUACUUACCGAGAUUCGAGAAGAGGAAGAGUAUGAAAAGUCACGGCAGCGAGUAAGUGUUAGGGUUCGUAAUGUUGGAGCUCAAGAGGAUUCUGUUGUGUCAGGAUUUGAGAUGCAGGAGUUAAAGGCUGAUCUAAAGGCCUUGAAGGCUAAAGUAAUAGCAAUGAGCAGCAAUCCUAAUGCUACUAGGGAUGCUGUGGAAACACAAAUUUUACCUUUGGAACCAUUAUCUGUGGAUAAGGACAGGUCAGAUGUUGUUGCACUGCAGAAGAGAGUUAGUAGGCUUAAACAGAAAGUAAGGACAUUAGAAGAGGACGGGGGACGAUCGGUUUUGGCUAGUGCUGUGAAACCGAUUUCAACCGAAGGCAGUUCACCAUCUUCUUACAAGACACAUGGCAUGAGAGAGGCUGACCGUUUCUGUUACCGUUGUGGAGGAAACUAG